AUGAUUCAAGCUGUUGUCCCUGCUUAUUUGCUUUCGAAAUUCAAAUCUGAAAUUGAAACAGGAAACUCUUAUAUCAUGCAAAAUUUUAAAGUUGGGAAGAAUGAUUUUGCUUUUAAGUCGACAAAUCAUACAUACAAAUUGAUUUUUUGUGGGUCAACUUCUGUUAAGAAAGCAAAAUUUCCUGACAUCCCUCAUAACUACCUUAACAUUAUUGGUUUGAAUUCCAUAGUUGAAGGAAGGUUUCAAUCAAAUGUUUUGGUUGAUUUGAUUGGAGGAAUCACUGAUAUCUCUCAAACCCAAGUUAACGGUGACAACAACAAGAACAUAAUAGUUUUUUCAAUUGUAGAUGCCAGCAAAACAGUUAUACAAUGUACUCUUUGGGGGCAACUUGCAAUUCAGCUAUAUGACUAUUAUAAAAAUAAUAAGCAAGGUUCUGAUAUUGUCAUUGUGCUAAUUAAUGCAAGGGUUAAAGAGGCUCAAGGAGGAUUUCCAGUUAGUGUUUCCAACACAUGGAAUGGAACGAAAUUGUUGAUUAAUGACCUUGCUAUUGAAGAAGUUAAGAAUCUAAAAGAAAGACUUGGUGUUGAUUUGCCUUUGUUAUCAUCUUCAAGUGUGCAAUUUGAGGAAACAACCUGUGUUACCGUUGCUACCCUCGAUAAGUUUGAUGCUGGACAAAUGGGAUGGUACUAUGAUGGCUGUGUGGAAUGCACAAGGAGUGUGACUGCCAAGGAUGGAAAGCUAAAGUGUUUUAAGGAGCAUAUUAGCCCAGAACCUGUGCCACAAUAUAAGCUUGAUAUAACAGCUGUUGACGGCAGUUCGAAGGCAAAGUUCGUCUUUUGGGACACAGACUGCGUGAAGUUAAUUGGGAAGUCUGCUCUUCAAAUGAAAAUGGAUUUAACACAGUCUGGUGAUUACGAUCCACUUGAAUUCCCUUACGAACUCGACUCAAUAUUGAAAAAUGAAUUGGCAAUUAGAGCUGUGUAUCAGCCUAAAAAUGGACGACUUUCUGUCAUUGGCUUCAAAACUGAUGAAUAUGUGCGUAAUAAAAUUAAGGACAAUUUCAAAUUUGAAGAGGAACUUGUAUCUGCAUCUGCAGAAAAUGACCUGACCAUUGAAAAUUUAGGACUCACUCCAUGUAAGAGACUUAAAAAUGAUGCAGUAGAAGAUAAUGAUAGUGUACAACAAUCAUCAACCAAGAUGGCCAAAGAUAUUAAAAAGGAGAAAUAG